CUCAUAUGUUAGCCUAAUUUAAGCGUAUCUGGUUUGCAGAAAUACGCUACAAUUUGCGACAUAUCUACUGAUACGCCGGCUUAAACGUCUCUAUGAAUCUGGCUAUAAAUGUUUAAUGCCCCUUUCACACGUGGCGGAAACUGAAAGAUUUUGUUUUGUAAUUUCGUUUUCGUCAGAAUUUUUUUUUUUUUUUAAUAAAUCUAUUUAGUUAGUUACUCCCGAAAAUCGUUUUGAUUUAUUUCGUUUUUCGCUGUAACGCGGUCGUCUGAAAAUCGACGGAACAUCGAAAUUUAAAAAUGUAGAUCUCUGCCUAGCACUUUCGAUAUACACCAUAAGCCUUCGAUGAUAGAAUCGGUGAUUUCGAUGUCAGAAUCGGCGAUUCGAAGCGUCAUUGAAUCUUCCACGUUCAAUUUCGUGGUUUCACUUUCGUUUCUCCAUCUUCUCCAGUCUCCAUCUCCUGCUUUACAUCUCCAACACAACCAAUAUGGCGGCAUCCCACGGCAUGGAUUUCGACCCAGUCAUGGAGGCUGAGGUACCUGAGCCUAGUACUGCUGCUGCAGCAGCUGCAACACAUUCCACAGCCCCUCCAUCACCAAAAAAAAAAGCUUCCAGGAGGGCUGCAUCCAGCAGGAAGCGUAACAUUACCUGGACUCAUAUUGAGUGUCAGGUACUUGUGAAUGAAACGCUUCCUUGCUGGAUGCAGCUGUGUGGCCCCCGCUCCAGGGAGACUAGUCCGCAAUGGAAAUUGCAGAAGUGGGAGGAGAUCUCCAAAAAGGUAGAGGAGAUGUAUCACCAUCGGCGUGACCCGGCUGCCUGUCGUAAAAAAUUCAGCGACAUAAAACGAUCUAUUGUGCGCAAACGCAGACAGCCGGGGCGUGGAGGAAAACGGGUGUCUCUCCUGCCCCAUGAGGCAGACCUUUUAUCGGGGAUAGGGGAGGAUGAGAUCACCCAGCUCCAGGCUCAUCAAGAUCGUAUCAAGGCCCAGCGCCGCCAGAAGCGGAGGGCGGAGGAGCUGGAGUCCUCCUCUUCAUCACCAAGAAGUGCCAUCCAGUCAGAGGGGGAGACACAGGAGGAGGAGGCUGAGGCGGCAACGCCCACAUAUCGUAUCAAGGCCCAGCGCCGCCAGAAGCGGAGGGCGGAGGAGCUGGAGUCCUCCUCUUCAUCACCAAGAAGUGCCAUCCAGUCAGAGGGGGAGACACAGGAGGAGGAGGCUGAGGCGGCAACGCCCACAUAUCGUAUCAAGGCCCAGCGCCGCCAGAAGCAGAGGGCGGAGGAGCUGGAGUCCUCCUCUUCAUCACCAAGAAGUGCCAUCCAGUCAGAGGGGGAGACACAGGAGGAGGAGGCUGAGGCGGCAACGACCACAUCUACUGAGGCUGAGCAGGAGGUGGAAGAGAUCUGCCCUGGAGAAGCUGCUGGCAGUGCUGGGGAUGCUCAAGAUGGUGUCCAACAGCCAGGCGCGUCAGGUCCAGGGAAUCAAGAUGAAUUAAUCAUUCUUGAUUUACAUGCAGUGGACGAAGACCUGGACGCAUCUGGUUUGGCUCACCAUUCUUCCUCCCCAGCAGUUUCUCCAGCGCAUCAUCUCCAUCACCCUUCAGCAGCAUCCCCCAACCAGGACAUACCCAUUGACGCGGGCGCGUCCUCCACAAUGCAGCAGCCUACUCCAGGACACGCGCACUCUCCAGAGCCAUGCAAGCCUCUGCGGCGCAUUGUGAAGUGCCACUGUCAAGAAAGACAGUUAAGGAGGCUGUCUCACUCCUUGGCCCUCCACAAUCGCCAGCAGAUGCGGCAAUAUAUGGCUCUGGAGAGGUACCAACGGGCAACGAGGAGGAUGGUGUGUGAGAAUAUGAGAGCCAUAAACUCCACACUUGAAUGCAUACUGACCAAGUUGGAAGGAAACCAAAGUUUGUAAUUUUUUUUUUUGUUUUCUUUUUAUACAUGUUUGUUACUUUUCAAUAAAAAAAAAUUUG